GGCACAAUCCACACCGCGCGUCAGCAUCCUCAACCAGCAUCAUGUUCGCACCUCUCUCGCCCAACCUCCCGCUGCGAAACGUGUCUCCAAGAAGAUCACAGCCACCUACCAGGACCGGCAGGAACAAAAGGCCGACGUUCGUGCAGUGGCACGGUCUCUAAUCGAUAACCUCGAUGUUUUGGUGGGUAAGCCGGCUAAGAACCCCCGUCAAACCAGUACUCCGAACCGAACAGCAUAGUCUCCGGGACCAGCAGACCAAUUUCAUGAUUCAGCCCGACAACCUCAUCCAUGACAUUGACGACAACGUGACAGAAGCAACUUUCAAGGACGCAGUUGAGCAAUUGUCAAAGGACCCUGAAGGUGCCGUUCGAGACGUCCUGGUCGAAAUAGAGCAGGCGAACUAAUUACAAAAGUACUCACUACGACGAGUAUGAUGCCACCG